AGUACAUACGUCUCGCUCUCGAGACGACCCCGACAUUCGUUUGUGUUUAUCAACUUUAUAAAUAUGUGGAUUCAUCUGGUCCACGUCAUCGGCUGGUUGAUGCUGUGCAAUGCGGCGAAUGACGUAGAUGUUACAAAAAUAGAAACAUUCCUAUUAGAGGCUGCUGAUGAAAAAGAAAAAAAUGAAAGCGUUAAAUCAACAAUUCAAGAGAAUUAUAAAAUAUGUUAUCUAGAAAAAGGUGCACCUGCAAGGUGUGUUAAGAAGUCUAUCUGUGGAGUGAAAUCCCCCCCCGUAGAUCCGGCCACGACUUUUACCUUCAGAGAAAUGGGUGAAGGUUGCACAUACCUACAGACUUGCUGCCCUGAAGAUAAAAUAAGGAGUGAGCCGAAGAAACCUAAAGUGGAGAAAAAACACGGUUGUGGAUACAGCAACCCUGGGGCGAAUGUCCUGCGAGAACUGGCUGAUAAAUAUGGAUACGCGGAUUAUGGGGACUUCCCAUGGAUGAUUGUCGUGAUGAAAAAAGGCAUACCCAAGGCAAACUUCGAUAAGGCAUACAUCGCUGGCGGAACUCUCAUCGAUCCAUCCGUCGUUAUAACCGUAGCUCAUAAAGUGGACGACAUAGUGAAUAAUUCGGAGAUCAUGUGUCGCGCUGGGGAGUGGGAUACAAAAACGGAGGAUGAAUUCUACAAGCAUCAAGACAGAGAUGUCAAAAGCAUCAUAAUACAUAAUGAAUACAUGAGACAAAAUGCCCAUAAUGAUGUGGCACUGAUCAUCCUGAAGGAGCCGUUUAAUUUGGACGACGCUCCUCACAUAGGGGUGGCGUGUUUGGAGAAGAAGCUACCUGCCCCUGGAACGGAGUGUUACAGCAUGGGCUGGGGCAAAGACUUCAUUAAUGAUCAAAUGUAUGCCUCCAUUCUAAAAAAGUUGAAACUGCCACUUGUUGCGGCUGAGAGGUGUCAGAAUCUAUAUCGGAACAGUCAGUUGGGUCAAUCCUACAGCUUGCAUAAGUCUCUCACGUGCGCUGGAGGAGAGGCUGGUGUUGAUACUUGCACUGGGGAUGGCGGGUCUCCACUUGUAUGUCCCAUCGCUGAUAAAUCUGGCUUACGCUAUUCCGUCGUUGGCAUGGUGGCUUAUGGACUUGGCUGCGGAACGGAAAAUCUGCCAGGAGUUUAUGUGAAGAUACCGGAAGUGUACGAUUGGGUGUUUAAGGAAAUGGCUAUACAAGGGUACACCGGGAAAUUAUUUGUCAGUUAGAAAGCACCCAAUAAACGUAUUUUUUUUACUUUA